AUGGAUACAAAUGCACCGGAGUACAUUUUCAAUCGUGACGGGGAUGUUUCCAAAUUGUUGGUCAAGUAUGAGGCCUGGAGUGUCAUGAGAGCAGAUAUGUUAACCAUUGAAUAUCCCCACUGGUUGUUAAGUCCGGUCAUUGAUAUGGUUGCCCUUCAUGUGACAUUGAAUCGGACUGAAGAAUAUAGUAGAAAACGCAACUGGGUUUUACCGGCAUCUUUCAGUAUAAUGCGACUGGAGGGGAUUAUCUCUGCGUGGAAUGGGAAUGGGUUCUUUCAUGAAAAUAUCGCCACCACGUUCAAACCAAUUAUCGACCGAAUUGUUCCCCAACAACCGAAUGGAUACAAUUGCGGUCUUUAUGUGUGUAUUCAGAUGUUAUGUCAUUCCACUCCAUCAGCAAAUUUAAUUUGGCUGCCACUUACAGAGGAUGAAUCUAUGGAAGCGAGGAAAAGGGUGGCUGACACUCUUUACGCAGCUAAAUAUAACCAAAUCACAAGAGGAAAUCCACCGUCCGAAGAUGCUGAAGCUCUUUACUAUGGUUGUCAACCUGAUAGCGAUUCAUCUUAUGACAUUCCGAUUACGACGACUGAUGAAUUACGAAAUCAUGUAUCGAGUUACGUAUCCAUUGGUCGGGUGAUAAUUCGUAUCGAAGUUGUUUGGGUCCAAGGGUACAAAGAGUGCUAUUGUCGCCAACUUGCGGUCAUUCGCACAUCGUGGACAUCGGAAAAUCCUGGAAAACGAUUCAGUUCUUGCAAAUUAUACAAGGAAGGAGGUUGUGAUUUCUUUUCGUGGAUCGAUGGUCCAAUGUGCAAUUGUUCAAAGCAAUUAAUUAACGGGUUUCUGCGGAAAUCAAACGAGUUAUGCGAUCGAGUUCAACAAUUGCAAGAUGAAAACGACAAGAUGAAGGAGGAAAAAAGAUUGAUGGAAAUCGAAUACAAUAAUCUACAGAAGGCACAUCAGACAAAGGGAAACACCACAAUGUUUUUGCUAUUUGUAGUCACGUACAAGGCUGAAGAAAGAUCAAUUGUUCCGAGAAUGUCAAUGGAUAUUUCAGAAGUCAAUACAUUUAUCAAAAUCAUUCAUCCAGAAGUUCAACAUUCUCUGCCAAUCCCCCCUAUGAUUUGGAGCACUGUCGAACAUUUGCUUCCAAUUGAAUGCACCUUGCAGAACAGCGAGGGGGAUGAUGCAUUCAAAUGGCCGAUUGUAAUCAAGUGUCUUGGAACGAAGAUUGGGUUUGCAGAUGGAUGGGAGGACUUUUCGAGGGAAAAUUCUGUUAAAGCAAAUCACAUACUUCUUUUUGAACUUGAAGGCCCAAACAGAGCCCUUAGAUCUGUUGUGGGAUCUUGCAUUCAAGAUGAUGAGGAAUUGGAUGAGAUGGAAGAGGAAGCUAUUGUUGGUGGGUUCCGUAUACAGGCUUCCUUCACUCUUGUUAGCCGUAGCCGGCAGAUGAUUCCAUCUGCUUACUGGAAUCAAGAGUUGAUGGGGAGAUAUGAUGAAGUUGGAUCUGCUCGUAUCCGUCGUGGGGGCAAGCAAUGGAUCAUCCAAGUGAAGAAAGAAGGGGCCAAACACAUCUUUAAAGGCCUGAAGUCUUUCAUCAAUCAUGCUCAAAUAGUUCAAGGAACAAAUAUCAUUUUUAGGAAAGUAGAAGUUGAGUGUGACGAUUUGGUGUUCGACGUGGAAUUUUGA